AAAAAAAAAAAAAAUUCCUUCCAUUUACUUUUUUAUUAAUCCAUUGAAUGGAUUAAUAAAAAAUCUUUUUUGAACACAUAAAAUAUAUAACGUGUAAAAGUAUAAUUAAUAAUCAUGUUUGCGUUCCAGAAAACUAAUCAAACACCAUCGCAUUUAUAUAAUGACGAAGAAAAAGCAGAGAUUAGGUCAAUUGCUUCUUUUGAAUCAAAGUAUAGUAACAAAAGGAAUGUUUAUAAUGGUCAUCAAUAUAUAGCUAUAAGUCCAGAUGGUAAUCAGAUAGUAACAUUAAAUACCACAACUUAUCAAUUAAAAUUAUGUCAAUCCGAUAAUAUAUCAAAAUUAUAUACUUUAAAUUAUGAUAGUUUUAAAAAUUUCGAUUCUCCCGCUGUAAUUUGGAGUUUAGCCGUAUCUAAUGAAAUUACUUUACCUGAUCGGACAACUGAUGUAUUAAUUGCCGUCUCUUGUUUUGAUGAUGAUGUUAAUAAUGCUGAUUCAACUAUCAAACAUACUUGGGUCAUUUCUUCUGUUAAACAAGCGAGAAUUUCUUCUUCAAUUAAUGAUAUGGGUGGUAUAAUUAAAUUCUUGGAUGAUGAAAGUUCGGUUUCUGAAAAGACAGAUUUAGCCCUUAUAAAUUCUUAUGGAAUUUCAAGAUUUUCUAUUCAUCAUAAUAAAAUCAAUUCUAUGAUAAAUGAAAACUAUGUUCAUGGUUGGUUUAAUCUCUUCUCUGAUAAAUCCGUUGAAAAUUUUAAUUUACCAAGUAAAUUAUCAAAUAACGAAAUUUCUAGUUUUUCUAUUCGACAAAAUUUAGUAAAAGAUCGUUUUUUGGUAGAAAGUUAUAAAAAUAAAAUACAAACUGUUGAAAUGUAUAAUUUAAGAUCAAGUUUAUUAGAAAAUACUUUUCAAAAAUCGGAAGAAAAUGCUGCUUCAUUUUUAGGAAGUGGUUAUUCUUGUUAUGCUAUAUCAAAGAAUGAAUCCUUAUUCGCUUAUUGUCGUGGUGCAAAUAGUAUUACCAUUUAUUUAAUGGAGAAUGGUUUGGAGGUUACUACAAAAAAAUUUGAUGAAACGAAUAUUCAAAUACUUUUUUUCGAUUUCUUAAAGAAUGAUGAAAAUUUAUUGAUCGUUGUUGAAAAAGAAAGUUAUAAAGAAGAAAAUUCAGAAAUAGUUAAAACUCCUACUAUUGUAGUUUGGGAUUUAUUUAGUAGUUCUGAUAAUUGUAUUAGAAGGAUAAAUGAUACUUUUUCGUUAUUUCCUAAAAAAUGUGAACAUCAUCAAAGGUUGGCUAAUUCUUCAGGAAAUCUUAUUACAAUUACGGAUGAUGGGAAUAUUACUUCUUUAUUACAAGAUUCUGAAAUAAUUAAAUUAUUAGAUCCUGUAAAUUAUAAUACAAGAAAUGUUAUUCAACUUAACGAAAAGUCCAAUACUUCCUCAUCAGCUGCCAUAACAACUAAUACUACCAUGAAUUAUCAUUCAAUUUACGAUACUUAUGGAAAAUAUUUAGGUUCUAAAUUCGAAAAUAGAAUUAUUAAGAAUCCUGAACCUUGGAUAUUAAAUAAAAAUUAUGAACGUACCUCGGUUUAUCUUGAUGAUUAUAAAUCUAUUCAAUUAUUUAUUGGUGAAUCCACCGUUCAAAUAUGGCGUAAAAGAAAAAGUGGAACGUCAACUUCAAAAGCAUCAUCAUUAUCAUCUACGAAAAUUCUUGAAUAUAUUUGGACAAAUAAUUUUAAUAGACCAAUGCAAAUCCAAUCUUUAGAAGUUGGUCAUAAAGAAUUCUCUUUAACAUUACAUAUUCCUUCCAUAAAUUCAUUUUCUGAACCUGGAGAUACAGUUACACUUGAAUGGCCUGAAAAAGUUAAUCCUCCAGUACAUGCUUGUGAAGCAUUAGAAUUUUUUAAUGAGAAAAAAGGUCAACCUUUAGAUCCAAAAAGGCAACAUCAAUUUGAUGAUUUGAUUCAACAAACUGAACGUAUCGUUAGAAAAUAUUUAACUAAAAAAUGCGGUUUAUGGCGGAUGUUAGAUAUACGUUAUGAUAUUAUGACAAAUCUAAUUCGUGGUAAUUGUACAUAUAUUAUUAGAAAUAUUUUAUGGUCCAUAUCCGAUAGAAAAAAUAAUUAUUUACAUAUUCCAAGAUGUAAUUCUUGGGGUGGUCAACUCGCGAAAGAGACUGAUCUUGAAAUAGCUAUCGCAUGUACAAAAGGAGGUUAUCGUAAAGAUACGAUGAUAGUUAAAUAUUUAUUAGACUAUUAUUCUAAUAAUGCUUUAGAUUCUUCAAAUUGGAUGUUUACCGUUGCUAAAGCAAUUCCGAUCCUUUAUGAAUAUAAUUUAGAAUUUUACGUUGAAGAACUAUUUCAAAAACGUUGUUUUGGUGCCAGCGAAGUUUACUUGGAUCAAUCUAAAAUUAGUGAUAAAGACAUGGAUAGAAGUAAUCAGAAAGAUGUUCAUGCGCUAAACGUAAAUUUGGGUCUCACCAAGAAAAGAAAAGAACGUAAUUUCUUUCAAAAAUCAAUCGUUAAAGGAAAACAAAGUGGAGAGAAAAUUAUUUCAGAUUUAGUGACUUCUGCCCCUAGUUCUUCACUUAUUAAUCAGGUUUACAUGGUACCUCUUCCUGAUUUUACCGUAUAUCCUGAGAAAUUUGAAGAUAAACGAGUAGAAUAUUGGAAGAUUCCUUUCAAAUUUUUAAAAUUAUUAUUUUGGCCACGUGGUCAUGUGCUUAGAAAAAAGCAUCAUAUGAGUCCAUUUUUGAGAAUGAUAAGAGAAGACAAUGGUGCAGAAAUUUACGAUAAUCCAUCAAUAGCCGCAGUAAUUGAUUUUAAAUGGAAAGCGGCAAGAAAUCAUUUCUUAAGACAUGCACUUAUAUACGUUGUAUUUGCAUUCCUUUUUGCAAUCAUAAACGGUGCAAUUGAAGUGAUAGGUGAAAAAAUUGCUAGUGGUUAUAUAAAUAUUGUAAUGCUUAUUUUAUUUUAUUGGUUGGGAUUUUAUUUAUUGAAUACUGAAAGAAUUCAAUUAAAAUAUGAGGGAUGGAGAAGAUACUUUGGUCUUUAUAAUUUUUUUGAUUUGUUUUCAGUCAUUUUUCAAUUAGUGAUGACUAGUUUCCUUCUAUACCUUCUUCUUACUAUCCCUAAUCAAGAUGAAGAACCAGAAAAAUAUCAAGAACAAGCUGAAAAUUAUUUAAGAAACUAUCGAAUAUAUAUUAUUCUUAGUUCAUUUGCAGUUUUAGUAAUGUGGUUGGAACUUUUUUUGUUGUUACGAUACUUUGAGAGAUCUGGAGCUUACAUUUAUAUUUUAGUUAAUAUAUUUAAACAAAUUAUACCUUUCUUAGUUUUUAUUCUAGUGGUUGUCCUCGGAUUUGGUCAUGCUAUGUUCGUUUUACUUAAUGAUACUAAAACCAUAGGAGUUAUACCUGAUGGUUCCUCUUUUAGUAUCACACCUACUGAUUCAGAUCAACCAUUACCAUAUAAAGUGGAUCAAGUGAUUGAUGUGGAUAAUAAAUCAGAUAAUUAUUACACAAAUUUUAUUAAAUCUGUUGAAUCGGUUUUCUUUUGGACUGGUGGUCGUUGGGAUCAAUUAGAACAAUGGGAUUUUUGGCCAGUAGAUGUUUAUUCUAUUAUUGGUAGUAUCCUUCUUGUUACAAUUUUACAGAAUAUGUUGAUUGCGAUCAUGACUGGCGCAUAUGAAGAAGCAAAAGAAAUUGGUAGACAUGCAGUAUUAGAAUAUCGAGCGGAAUUGAUCGAAGAUUAUGAAACGAUCGAAAAACCUCUUGGAAAUAAAAGAGGAAAUCCUCGAUAUAUUUAUUAUAUCGGAAAAUCUGAUUAUAUUGAAGAAUGGUUAAGAAAAUCCGAGAAAGCAAGAAAAAAUCUCUUAUCAAAAGUUGAUGACAAAAAUCCUUGGGACGAUCAUGAUGAUGAUGAUGAUGACGAUGAUGAUGAUAAUGAAGGAGGAGGAUAUCAUUAUCAAGAUCUUUCACAUUAUUAUUCAACUGAGACUGAUUCUAUUGCAUCACCAAGAAAAGAACAAGAAACUCCAUUAUCAUUAUAUUGGUUUGUUGAUGAAAAUUAUAAUAAGGAGAAAUUAUCAAAAUCAAAAUCUUCAAAUAUUUUAUCUAAAUCAACUAAUAUUAUUCAAAAUAAUAAUAAUGAUGAUGAUAAAGAAACUAGUUUAUUAAAAGAAAAAAUUAUAUCCUUGGAAGAAGAAUUUUCUGGAAAAUUAAAUUCUAUGGAAGAAACUAUCAAAAAUUUAAUCACUACAAUACAAAAUCAAUAAAUGAUUUAAAAAAAUUUUUUUUUUUUAAUUUACCUGAUAAAUUUAUUUAGUUUAAAAAAAAAGUUAAUGUUUUGAACAUUUUUGAGCAUUU